ACAACACACACUUGUGCACAAAGAGUGACGCACAGGGUUUGUGUGUUGAGGCAUUUUGUUUUUGUUUCUCUUGAUGAAACAAAGGAAGGUGUUUGUGUUUGUGUUUGUUUCUCUCCAAUAACAAGCAUAAGAUGAGAAGACCAAGCCCCAGGCAGUUUGAUUGUGUGAGAAGAGGUUGGCACAGUGAAAGACACCAACCUCUUAGAGGAACUCUCAUUCAAGAAAUUUUCAGGGUGGUUGAUGAGAUACAUGGCUCUGCCACUAAGAACAACAAAGAGUACCAAGAAAAGCUCCCUAUUGUUGUUCUCAAAGCUGAAGAGAUUUUGUACUCUAAAGCCAACUCUCAGCAUGAAUACAUGGACUUCAGAACAGUUUUGGCUAGAACUAAUGAAGCCAUUGACACAAUAAUCCGACGUGAUGAGAUUACAGAAACUGGAAAUGGAAAGUAUUUGCAUCCUUGCAUUGAAGCUGCUUUAAAUUUGGGAUGCUCCCUAACUAGAACUCCAAGGAGUCAAAGAAACAAGCCAAGGUGUUAUCUUAGUCAUAGCAAAGAACAAGCACCCAAUGUUAUUCAUCACACACCACAAAACUUUAAUACAAGGGAUAAUGCAACAAAACCAUAUCAUGUGUCUAAGAAUGCUGGUCCAAUAAACACAACAGCAACUAGUAGCAGCAAUAAGAAACAGUGUUUGUCGCCGCAGCCGCCAAGGUUGUCUUCAGUUUAUCCCCUUUACUACCAUGGAAACAACAACAUUCGUUUGGAAGAGUCCCAACAUGGUUCCAAAGCCUCGCAUAAAUCAAAUGCUAAGGAUUUCGGACCUCCAGUUACGGGUGUUGCUCAGAAACUUGUGGCUAAUGGCAAUCCUGUUCAAACCACGCCGUGCGCAAACAAGUGUGAUCUUUCAUUGAGGUUAGGCUUAGGCCCCAUCAAUAGUACUAGCUUUUAGUUUUGAAAAUUAGUUGAAGGUUAAGGAAAUGAGAAAUUGGAGUUUCAGUUGGAUGAAUCUAUGGAUGUAGUUUGAGAAAUUGAGGCUUCUAGACUGAUGUUUUCCUGUUAUAUGCUUACUUUGUAUGUCCAUAUUAUUAGGAAUAUAAUGUUACAGUAGUAAUGAGUUAUGUAAAUAGCAACUUCAAUCUGAAUUUUAGUGGAGGAUGAAUU